UGUUGUCCUUCUCCUUCCCUCAUCGGUGUGUGUUGUGGUGGUAUCGUGGAGAUCACACAGCGGGCUUUAUCGCUGCUCACAGAGCCGCUGUAGUUUGUGCGGUGAAGGAUGCGCAGAAAGCGACGAUUCUCUGCCCUUUGGUGAGACGGUAUGAACCAUGAGUCCAAUAAAUCACCACCAUUAGGAAUGAUCUCCACGGCAACUCGCACCACGGCUACUGUCAGUCCCCUCAGCCCACUAGCCAAUGGGAACUCAGUUGCCCAAUCUGCAAAUUCUGGAUUCGCUGCUGCCCUGCGUAAACUGGCCAAACAGGCUGAGGAUCCCAGAGGUUCUGCUGUCAGCGGUGAGUCGUCUCCAGUCUCUUCCCCAGCCACCAGCCACAGCUCGCCGGUCACCACACCUAAGCGGGGCUCAUUAGGGCCCCUCCUGGGCCAGACCAGGGCUCACGGUGUCCCCAGCACCCCUCCAGUAGUCACCAUUGCCCCCACCAAGAUCAGCAACGGCCUGUGGAGGGCCGACGGACGACAGGUAGAGCCGAGUGUUCAAGGACUUGGUAGGGAGCGGGUGGGUGCUGAGAACACCCAGCCACAGCAGGAUAAGAGGACUCCGCCCACCCCGUCGCCUCACCCCCUGGCUCACCCCUUUGGCCUCACCCCCAGCUCCGUCAUGCAGGACCCCAGAAUACAGAGCCUUAGUUUGCCUGGGCAGAUGCACCCCGUGGUUCCCUCGGGUGCCGUCCCAGAGGAGUACCUGAGAGCGCUCCGGCCCUUCGCCACAUCAGAUGACCUCCGACUGACUUCUCUACCCCUGAGUCUGGACCCUGCUGCUGCUGCCCACGCUGCAGCUGCUGCUGCUUACUAUCAUCCUGCCUACCUGCACCACCCGCUGUCCUUACCCAGGAUGGAGGAGUCUCUAUGUCUUUCUGCGUUGCGGUCGCAGUUCUACUCUGUGCCUGCAGGGGGUGCCUUUCCUCCUCUACACCCAUCUGCCCUCCACUUGCACCUGCCUGGAGGCCGCUACCCUGGAGAACUAAACCACACAGCGCUGGCUGAGAGGCUACAGAUGGAGAAUGAGCUCCGCCAGCAAGAGAGACAGCAAGAGCGUGAACGAGAGAAAGAAAGGGAGCGCGAGGCAGGGCUGGAACGAGAGCGGGAGAGAGAGAGGGAGAGAGAGAGGGAGGAGGAGAGGGGGAGAGAGCGGGAGAGAGAGCUGGACAGACAGAAGGAGAGGCAGAGGGAGCGACAGCAGCAGAUGGUCAGAGCGGCGGAGAGCCACUACCUGGCUGAGCUGCAGGCUCGGAGGGCACCACCAGAGGACAGGGCCAGGCCAGGGGAGAGGCUGACCCCGAACAGACUGGAUAAACCCAAGGACUCAGAGCACCCAGGGUUCCCAGCACCCAAAGCUCUGUCCCUGCAGCCUGGCCUUCACUCCUCCAGGGGGUCUAUCCCACACCCAGUGCCCAGCCUGGUGCCGUCUCACCUGGGGAAGCACCAUGCUGCUGCUGCUGCAGCUGCGGGGGGGAUCCAUGGAGCUCUGGCAGCUGCCAUGAUGACACAAAGGGCAAGCGAGGCGGCAUGGUUAACACGGCAGCGAGGGCAAGGACAGGAGAGGGAGGGUCUGCCGGAGAUGGGCCUCAGGUCACCUGGGAAAGGAGUGGAGCCGAGGAGAGACAGCCACAGAACCAAUUCAGUCCAUCACAACCCAGGAAGCAAAGAUGUACCUCCCUGCCUCGGUGCUCCACCUCCCCUUAUCUCCCCCAAAGGUCCCCAUCAUCCCCCUGCGCCUCCGACUGCACUCUGGAACCCAGCAGCCCUCGUUGACACCGCUGCAGACUCCCGCAGAAAACUCCACCCUCCUACGCCACCAAGUCGGCCACCUCCAGGACUGACCAGAGCCGACAGACCCCCGCUGAGUUGGGGGGAGAAGCUGGAAGACGCAGGCAGGAGGAGGCCAGAGGGCACAGAGAGGUACGCCUCACUGAGGGGAGCUAGUUUACAAGAGGCAAGCUGCUGGAACAAGGCAGAGCAAGACAGAGCCAUCCAGGGCCUCUACCACCGGCAUCACAUCAACAACCUCCACCAGAGGUCCUGCGUGCCUCCUGACCUUGGGAGGCAGUGCCAGGCAGCCUCCCCGUCUCCGGUGAGGGAGCGGCAGAGUCAGCUGCCCGACAGCAUGCUGGUGUAUGACGAAGUUCUCCAACAGCACCGCAGGCUGCUCAGCAAACUCGACCUGGAGGAGAAGAGGAGGAGGGAGGCCAGAGAGGGAGGUUAUUAUUAUGACCUGGAUGAGUCAUAUGAUGAGAGUGACGAGGAGGAGGUGAAAGCCCACUUGAGGAGAGUGACAGAACAGCCUCCACUCAAACUGGACACGUCCUCCGAGAAGGUGGAAUUUCUGCGUGUGUGUGGUCUGACCACACUGGCCCAUCGUGAUGAGCUUCUGGCAAGGAAGAGGAGGAAGAGGAGGAGGAUGAUGAGAGAGCGCAGCCUCUCUCCGCCAGCUGUGCGGGGCAAGAGAAAAGCCCCUUCACCUUCAACACCUACAACUCCCUUAACUACCCCGUACUCUGCCGAGCAGAUGGACAGCACCCCCGAACUGGAGGAGAAGAAGGACUUCCUCCUUAUGUUCAACCUCUCCCAUGUCAGCCCACAGCAGAGGAGAGAUAAGGAGAGGACAGAGGAGCUGCUGAGGGCCAUUCAGAGGAAGACUGUGACGUUAGACACACUCAGAUAUAAUCCUUUACCUCCAUGUAGCAGUCCUCCUGCUCCCUCAACUGGUGACUCCUCAUCAGCCCCUCUGCCUUGUCAAUCAAACGGACAUCUGUAUCCAGACUCUCCCAGCCCCUCCCCUCCCUACCUACACAAACCUAAGCAUCUCCUCCAUAACGACACGAUCAAACCCUCCAUGGACAUCCACGUGGCUCGCAUCCCUCCACCCGUGGCCCUUCAUCAUGAACAGGCUGAAUUCAUGGAGGCUCAACCGAACAGGAAGCUCCAGGGCCUCCAGAACGACAUUGUUGCUUCUCCCCAGAAAAAGGAGCCCAGCCCCGUGCAGAAUGGACGGAAUCGGCCCUUGGAGAGGUUCACACCUGAGGCCUUUGCUCAGUACUUCCACCAGGCCGUGCUGCAGUCCACACACAACACACUGCAGAACAAAGGAGUCUCAAAUUGCGUCCCUGAGGUGGGCAUGAAGGCCGACCGCUCGUUGCCUCACAGCAUCUCUCAGCUGAAAAGUUCAAGUCUUAACCAUGCCCCUCAGCACACACACAUCAACGGACAUCACUUCCAUCUCCCUGCAGCCAGCAGGGAGACCCCAGGAGCACAGGAAAACCUGUCCGAUGAGGACGAGGAGGAGUCUGGUCAGGAGGAGGAGGAUGAGGAGGAGGAGAUGGAAGAAGCUCCAAAGAAGUGGCAGGGUAUUGAAGCUAUAUUUGAGGCCUACCAGGAAUAUGUGGAUGAAUGGAGUAUAGAGAGGCAGGUUCUUCACAGUCAGUGUAAAAGACUUGAAGCACAGAAUUACAACCUGACCAGAACUGCAGAGCAGCUCUCGCUCACUAUGGGGGAGCUGGUGAGUCAGAGGCAGAAAGUGAGAGAGGAGAGGGAGAGGCUGCAGGCCCAGCUGGAGCACUUCAGGAGGUGUUUGACACUACCUAACAUUCACUGGGGCAGGGGACAAGUCAAUGGCCACACACCGAGGUGACCUCUGACACCAACUCUCUGACAGAUUCGCCUCUGACAGCGAAGGAACAGUAAGAAGAACAAGACGGGCUGGAGCCAGACCACUCUCUGCACUUGAAGCACUUGAAGAGCCAAUCCUUGUCUUGCUAUGCUUCUGGACAGUCAGUGAUGAUACCUGACUGGGUCCAGAGUUUCUGAUUACCUGUCAUGUUUGCCAUGGUAACUGUAAACCAUGCUGACCAUAUAGUCUGGGCAUUCACACUCUCUCAUUCUGCCCAUGGAUUGUAACAACACUGUGUAGGUGAAACAGCAUCGUCGUCACAGUACUGCUAACUACUCCCACUACUAGUCCCCAAGACAGCUUUAAGGACUUUCCACCAUUUAGCUCAUAUCAUAGCAUCUGUUGCAUAAACUGUAUUGAUGCACGUUAAUGAGAUGUAUCACUUGGCACAAAUCUGUAGCCUCUUUGGACAGCAAUGAGAAGAGACUUAAAAGGACAGUUCAUCCCAAAAUCGAAGAUACCUUUUUUGCUGGAAAGACACAUUGCAUUUUUUUGCGCCAUCUAAAUCCAUUAAAUCUAAGAGGAGGCCCACAUCUCCACAACUCGGGAACUCACGCCAGAACAAUCUAGAUCAGGCAUCUCAAACCGGUUCCAUAAAGGGCCGCGUGGCUGCAAGUUUUCAUUCCAACCAAGGAGGAGCACACCAGGCUGGAAUCAAUUAAUCAGCUGAUCUCAGUCUUCAGCUGACA